UCUAAUUUAAAUUUCUAUCUUUUCAUCAAGAUUAUUUGCACUAAAAUGGCUUCUUCCAUUUUCUCUCUACUCAUUUUCACUUUGUACAUCAGCUUAGCUUCAGCUGCAACUGUUCCAAUUGUUCCAUAUCUUGAUGAUCUACUGGAAAAUGGCGAUUUCGAAGAAGGGCCAAAGGCAUCAGAACUAAAGAAAACAGUGAUCAUUGGCAAAUACUCAUUGCCUGAAUGGGAAAUCAGUGGUGUAGUGGAGUGGGUAUCAGGUGGGCCCCAGGAAGGAGGGUUUUACUUUCCGAUCCCUCGUGGGGCCCACGCGAUCCGACUUGGGAAUGAGGCUUCCAUCUCUCAGUAUGUAGAGGUGAAGCCAAACACUAUAUAUUCACUCACAUUUGGAGCCACUAGGACUUGUGCUCAAGAUGAGGUCCUUACCGUCUCCGCGGGAGACAUGUCUAGUGAUCUUCCUAUUCAGACAUUGUACAGUGCUGAUGGUGGUGACACUUAUGCUUGGGCUUUCAAAACAACAUCUAAUUAUGUUGAGGUCAAAUUUCACAAUCCUGGUAUGCAAGAAGAUCCAGCUUGUGGACCACUUCUAGACCAUAUUGCAAUCAAGGAAAUGCCUAUGGCUACAUAUACUAAAGGUAACUUGGUGAAAAAUGGUGGAUUUGAAGCUGGUCCGCACGUAUUCAAGAACUUCUCGACAGGGGUGCUUGUCCUGCCUCUGAAACAAGACAAGUACUCACCAAUUCCAGGAUGGAUGGUUCAGUUUGCAAAACCAGCAAAAUACAUCGACUCGAAGCAUUUCUUAGUACCUUCAGGAAAUGCAGCUGUUGAAUUAAUAGGAGGAAGGGAAACAGGCAUUGCACAGACAGUAAGGACAGUCCCCAAACAAUUCUACAACCUGACUUUCAUCAUUGGCGAUGCAAACAAUGACUGCCACGGAACAAUGACAGUUCAAGCAUUCGCUGGAAAGGCUAGUACACAAGUUUCAUUUGUAUCAAGUGGAAAGGGAUGGUACAAGACAGCAAGCCUCAAGUUCCAAGCAGAUAAAACUAGGACAACAAUAGCUUUUUAUAACCCAUUCUAUCACACGAAGGUACACGACUUUGGUCACAUGUGUGGACCUGUCAUCGAUGAUGUUAGUCUCGUUCAUGUCAAGAAGUGAGCAUUACUCAGAUAAGAUCAAUUUCAAAACAAGUUCUGUACCAAUUGUUUUUAUGUUUGUUUAAGUUGUUCAGUCUGAAACAAGAAUGAUAUAUCCAAUAAAAGUAGUAAAAUCUCUUCAUUUUA